AUGCGCAGAGAGACAGACACAUCAUUCGGAUUCUCCCCAAAUCGGUGCAAAUGCCAAUUCACAAUAGGCGUGCCGCAAUCUCCCCUUCGCGAGUUUCCCGCCGCAUUCGCCCCCACACGUUCUACCCGCCGCACGUUUCCUACCACGUUCGACCUACUUCAUCCCCUCUCCCUCCACAUACGCCCCACUGCUCAUAGCAGUUAUUCUCCAUUCCCCACUGCUACCCCUAUCAUACUCUCCCUUCCCCCUGCUACCCCAUGUCAUUCUCCCUCCCCACUGCUACCCCUAUCAUUCUCCCUUCCCCCUGCUACCCCUAUCAUUCUCCCUUCGCCCUGCUACCCCUAUCACUCUCCCUUCCCCCUGCUACCCCAUGUCAUUCUCCCUCCCCACUGCUACCCCUAUCAUUCUCCCUUCCCCCUGCUACCCCUAUCAUUCUCCCUUCGCCCUGCUACCCCUAUCACUCUCCCUUCCCCCUGCUACCCCAUGUCAUUCUCCCUCCCCACUGCUACCCCUAUCAUUCUCCCUUCCCCCUGCUACCCCUAUCAUUCUCCCUUCGCCCUGCUACCCCUAUCACUCUCCCUUCCCCCUGCUACCCCAUGUCAUUCUCCCUCCCCACUGCUACCCCUAUCAUUCUCCCUUCCCCCUGCUACCCCUAUCAUUCUCCCUUCCCCCUGCUACCCCAUGUCAUUCUCCCUCCCCACUGCUACCCCUAUCAUUCUCCCUUCCCCCUGCUACCCCUAUCAUUCUCCCUUCGCCCUGCUACCCCUAUCACUCUCCCUUCCCCCUGCUACCCCAUGUCAUUCUCCCUCCCCACUGCUACCCCUAUCAUUCUCCCUUCCCCCUGCUACCCCUAUCAUUCUCCCUUCACCCUGCUACCCCUAUCACUCUCCCUUCCCCCUGCUACCCCAUGUCAUUCUCCCUCCCCACUGCUACCCCUAUCAUUCUCCCUUCCCCCUGCUACCCCUAUCAUUCUCCCUUCGCCCUGCUACCCCUAUCACUCUCCCUUCCCCCUGCUACCCCAUGUCAUUCUCCCUCCCCACUGCUACCCCUAUCAUUCUCCCUUCCCCCUGCUACCCCUAUCAUUCUCCCUUCGCCCUGCUACCCCUAUCACUCUCCCUUCCCCCUGCUACCCCAUGUCAUUCUCCCUCCCCACUGCUACCCCUAUCAUUCUCCCUUCCCCCUGCUACCCCUAUCAUUCUCCCUUCACCCUGCUACCCCAUGUCAUUCUCCCUCCCCACUGCUACCCCUAUCAUUCUCCCUUCCCCCUGCUACCCCUAUCAUACUCUCCAUUCCCCCUGCUACCCCAUGUCAUUCUCCCUCCCCACUGCUACCCCUAUCAUUCUCCCUUCCCCCUGCUACCCCUAUCAUUCUCCCUUCCCCCUGCUACCCCAUGUCAUUCUCCCUCCCCACUGCUACCCCUAUCAUUCUCCCUUACCCCUGCUACCCCUAUCAUUCUCCCUUCCCCCUGCUACCCCAUGUCAUUCUCCCUCCCCACUGCUACCCCUAUCAUUCUCCCUUCCCCCUGCUACCCCUAUCAUUCUCCCUUCGCCCUGCUACCCCUAUCACUCUCCCUUCCCCCUGCUACCCCAUGUCAUUCUCCCUCCCCACUGCUACCCCUAUCAUUCUCCCUUCCCCCUGCUACCCCUAUCAUUCUCCCUUCCCCCUGCUACCCCAUGUCAUUCUCCCUCCCCACUGCUACCCCUAUCAUUCUCCCUUCCCCCUGCUACCCCUAUCAUUCUCCCUUCCCCCUGCUACCCCAUGUCAUUCUCCCUCCCCACUGCUACCCCUAUCAUUCUCCCUUCCCCCUGCUACCCCUAUCAUUCUCCCUUCCCCCUGCUACCCCUAUCAUUCUCCCUUCGCCCUGCUACCCCUAUCACUCUCCCUUCCCCCUGCUACCCCUAUCAUUCUCCCUUCCCCCUGCUACCCCUAUCAUUCUCCCUUCCCCCUGCUACCCCUAUCAUUCUCCCUUCCCCCUGCUACCCCUAUCAUUCUCCCUUCCCCCUGCUACCCCUAUCAUUCUCCCUUCCCCCUGCUACCCCAUGUCAUUUGUUGGUGCAACCCUACGGCACAUUCAAGCCUAUUGUGACUAAAACAUCAUUCUCCCUCCCCACUGCUACCCCUAUCAUUCUCCCUUCCCCCUGCUACCCCUAUCAUUCUCCCUUCGCCCUGCUACCCCUAUCACUCUCCCUUCCCCCUGCUACCCCAUGUCAUUCUCCCUCCCCACUGCUACCCCUAUCAUUCUCCCUUCCCCCUGCUACCCCUAUCAUUCUCCCUUCCCCCUGCUCCCCCAUGUCAUUCUGCCUCCCCACUGCUACCCCUAUCAUUCUCCCUACCCCCUGCUACCCCUAUCAUUCUCCCUUCCCCCUGCUACCCCAUGUCAUUCUCCCUCCCCACUGCUACCCCUAUCAUUCUCCCUUCCCCACUGCUACCCCUAUCAUUCUCCCUUCCCCCUGCUACCCCUAUCAUUCUCCCUUCGCCCUGCUACCCCUAUCACUCUCCCUUCCCCCUGCUACCCCUAUCAUUCUCCCUUCCCCCUGCUACCCCUAUCAUUCUCCCUUCCCCCUGCUACCCCUAUCAUUCUCCCUUCCCCCUGCUACCCCUAUCAUCCUCCCUUCCCCCUUGCCACCCCUAUCAUUCUCCCUUCCCCCUUGCUACCCCUAUCAUUCUCCCUUCUCCCUUGUUACCCAUGUCAUUCUCCCUUCCCCCUUGCUACCCCUAUCACUCUCCCUUCCCCCUGCUACCCCUAUCAUUCUCCCUUCUCCCUUGUUACCCAUGUCAUUCUCCCUUCCCCCGGCUACUCGACUCGUCACCUUGACCAUGCCUACUUCCCCCUUGCUUCCCCUGUCAUCCACCCUUCUACCUGCUACUCUUAUCAUUCUCCAUUCCCCCCGCUACCCCUGUCAUUCUCCCUUCCCCCUUGUUACCCCUAUCAUUCUCCCUUCUCCCUUGUUACCCAUGUCAUCCUCCCUUCCCCCUUGCUAA